GAGAACAAAGUCUGACAGCUCCUCCACUGCCAUCCACUUCAACUUCUGCAUUGGCCACAAUCAUAACGCCUUCACGAUACCAUUCACGUCCACCGCACAAUGGUCAUAUUGACACAGAGAAGGGGGCUGACCCCUUACUUGCUGAUAAGGAGUCUUCCCCUCAUUCCAUCUCUACUUUAUUUGCUGCUCACGUUCAUUAACUUUGAUUCCGGCUAACAACCACUUGUAGUGCCAUACGUUCAUUAACAACUUCCUGCUGGACAGCACCACGUUCUUUCUUCUGCCUCUCUUCCUGACUCAAAUUUACUACAAUAACAAAGUCAUUGUUCGACCUCGAGAUCGAUCAACGAGAAACUCCCUGAAGGUGCCACAAAGACCCGAAAACAAAGCGAUUGUUCCUCCUAUUUGAUCGAGUCGGCUCCCCGCAGAUUUCGAACCAAGGAUCGAACAAUCUACUACACAUAAACACAUUCACAAUGUUUUCACAACUCUUCAUCAUGGCUGCCUUAGCUGGCGUCGUCCUUUCAAACCCAACACCAUCACCGAUAUUCGGGCAGAUCUCGACUCGAGAUAGUGCAGUCACCGCAGCUGCUGCUCUACUUCAGAUCGCGCCCACUUCUGGAUCCUGCUCAGGAGCUCCAGCAGCGGGCGAGUGUGCAACCAACGUCCAAGCAGCACCAUACCUCAUCUCAGCCAUGCAACAAUACAGCAUCUACAACCUCCACGAGGUCGCUGCCGUCCUCUCCGUCAUCGCCUACGAGUCUGGGGAGUUCAAAUACAACAUCAACCACUACCCAGGUACACCAGGCCAAGGCACUCGCAACAUGCAAAUGGCAAGCUUCAACCUGAUGUAUGCAAAGAGCAUCCCAGCAUUAGCAACGUCCCUUAGCGCCAUUACCACCGCAGACAGUACCUCUGGACUGAGCACGGAUCAAGUAAACGCUAUCAGAGUAUUGGUCUUGCCUGACGAGUAUACCUGGGCAAGCGGGGCUUGGUUCUACUCUACCCAGUGCAGCUCGAGUGUCAAGUCUGCCGUUCAGGCUGGUGGACAAGCUGGAUGGGACGCUUACCUAGGCUGUAUCGGUGCUACGGACUCUUCGGAGAGCUCUGCUCGAUUGGCUUACUGGACCCGGGCAAAUACUGCUUUUGGGCUUUCAUAGAUGAGUCAAGUCCUUGCUGGCGAGGCUGAGAUUUCUAGAUACCCUUUUCUUGUACAUAGCUAUUUCAUUGCAAUAAAUCUUGAAAUCAGAUGUGAUUUCACAUACC